ACUAUGGAGUAUGGACUCGGGAGCACGGUGUCGUCCAAUGGGCACCGGACCGCAGGUAAUUAAAAUCACUUGAAUGAUAAUUAAGUGAGCUAAUUAUUAUUUAUCCAUGAAGUCAACAGUACAAUCCACAGCACGAUGUGCGACCUAGUUUCGUAAGACCGUAUUCACUCUCUUUCUCCCCCUGUUUUUUUUUGUUUGCUGAUUUAAAGGCAAUCAUGUUCGACAACACCAAACACCACACGGAAUUGAGCUAAUUAUAAGCUCACUGCGAAUAAGCAACUCGUAGCCGAGAUAUUGAUCAGAAGUCAAGCAACAGAGCAAAAUAAAAAUUAUCCUUUCUCUAGCUUUGACUGGAUUUUCCAUAUUGAGAACUUAUUAACAAAUCAUACGUUGCGUGUGAACGAUCGAUUGUUUCCUCUCGGCGAAAGCUAAUUUCUAGCGCAAAGUGUGCAAUCAACUGUGAAAAAAAGGUAAAUAUUAAUGCUGUAAAAUUAGCCCACUAUUAGACCCGAAGCUUGUACAUGUAAAAUGUCCUUAGAUAUCAGAUCUUGCAAACCACACCAAACAACAUCGAAAGCGCUGCCGGUGUUGGAAGAAUUCGUGUCAAAGUAAAACAUUUUCAUGACGACCGUAAAACGGGCGACGAUAACCUUUAAGGCAGCACGAUAAAAGAAGAGAACAAAUAAAAAAAGUAAAAAAAAAUCCUUUUUUAUAUAAUGCCCCUUUUCCGAAGUGCCACCCACCCGAACCAGCGUCAACAAUCACUUAACCAAUUUAGAGCCAGCCAUCCUUGGGAGCGCAUUCCCACCCGGCAACAUCCCAACACCAACGUGCAUCAUCACUCUGUGCUGUGGAGAAGAAAUAAAUUGCUGCUGUCACCGAACAUCCCGUCCCCCUCCAACAGCGGCCUUGUGGAGCUUUUCGUGCGGGACUGAGCCAUUGCAAAAGUGAGUUUAUCGUUUAGUCGUUACGCAAAAUUUGUCCCGUUUUUUAAACUCCUAAUUGAUUUUCAAUCAUAAAAACGAGGGCUACAAAACCCCGGCGGUGCCGUCUCCUCCGUUUUCUUUGUCCCGUACCCAUCGAGCGAGGAAAAUGCCGAAAGGGAAAAACUCCGAAAAACAAUCAACUAUAAUUUUUAGAUCGCUUUUAUUUUUAUGUUCACACCCAUAACACGGGAGACCGGGGCCGUAUCGCGUGAACGGGCGAAAGGAAAGUCGGAUGAAAGAGGGCGAUAGGCGUCGAAGCCGUGGAGUGUCGGAGUAAGGCACAGCAUACCAAAACCCCAAACCGGUGGCGUGUUACACACGCAAAAGCGUCAAGCGUCUUCGACCCCACACUCUGGGAGAACCGUUUGUUGCGUAACUGUGGCUACGAAAGCAAGAAACCAGGUGAAGAAGUAGUAAAAUUUUGAUUACCAUGGACGACGCCCUUUUACCCCGUGUUUCACCAUCGACACAACACUAACUUUCCCGAUGGACGAUUUGGUGGAAGUUUCUAAUCGAAAAAGCCAAUCAAUAAAUUCGAUCGCUUAUCAGCUUAUUGGGCGUUUCGCGCGUUCACACGAAACACGUAGCACCGGCGGUGGGUGGUGUCGGCGACGGACACUACACCGAAGAAGUUUGCCAUCUUUGGAUGCUUCUCGAAACGUAAAGACGGCUAUGAAAAGACCGAAUGAAUCACCAUCGCCUUAGUGUCACGAUGAAAGGAAGGAUGCCAUUAAGGCAGCAGGGAGGCAAUACAUUAUAUACCUUAAAUUUGUUUCACACGCACGCCCGACGAUUGCGGCUGUAGAAUGGUGACUGUUUUUCAGUCGACUUUUCUAUUUUUCAGACGUUUCCGGUCACCGGUGUUGCCGACAGUUUAGGGAAUGAAAGCGGAAAUGAAUAGUCAAACUCUUCCGGUCAGCUAGUCAAGUUAACGUUGUUUUUUGUUCCUCUCUUGUAGCUGAAGCUUCGUUAAGCAGUGUAGAAGAUUUUUCCAAACAAGAAACAUCAUCUCUGGAAAGGUGUAAUGUAAUAAAAAAGUCAACGUCCUACGCUGGACGCAAGUUACGAAAAAAAUGAGUCCAACAACUCAUUCGCACCUCAAUGUCUCAAACAGCGCCUGUACCGGUGAAUAGAUGGCCGAAAAGCCAUAUUUGUAGACGAUAAUAAAGAUGUAAAACUGCCCAACGAAUGGAAAGAACCACCGAAACAAACGAAAACCUCUAAUCGAUUGACAUGCUCUUCCUAGUUCCUACCAUAGUGGCAACAAACUAAGAAGAGUGCCCAUGCAGAUAGAAUUCCUCCCAUUGACUAUGUUUGCCGACCAGUAUCUACGGAGUGUAUGUAUGUGUUUAUGUGCACAGAAGGCGCAGAUGGUGAAAUAGUUGCCAAUCGGUUAGAGGUCUUUUGCUAUCUCGAGAGCCGUACACCGUGACAACCUUCCCCGAUGCUCAGACCUUCUCGGAAACGCGCAGAGAUGCUAUCAGUAGCCUAGCCACUUCACGGCAGCACUAUACCCGUGUGUCGUCCCUAUCCGGGAGCCGAAUCGAAACGAGAUGGAGCUGAAUAAUAUGUAACCCAUUCCCACCUGUUUCACUCGGGUGUGGGGAAUGGAGUUCCUGUGGGGUAGGGCUGAAGAAGCAAGAAAAGAAGAAGCCUACCCUCGAAGACUAAUGCUUUCUGCCAAGCGAGUCGGAAAACGGUCUUAGAAAACCCGACCAUGCCUAACAAGUGGGAAGAGGUGCAGGAGCGCGAUAGAAGGAGGCACACGAUUUACGACAUCGGGAUUAGAGAGUUUGGUAAAUAUUUCAACACUACCUUCCCAAAAAACCACCCCACCCGUACCCUUCACCCUCCCCGAGCCGGUAGUUGACCUGGAAGCAAUGAAGACACGGGGAAUGGGGUUUGAUCGACUCGUGUACAACGUGGGGAGACACACACACACCGGGAUCUGUUUAUGGGCUUCCGCCGUGAGUUCAUGCCAAGAAAGCCCGGCUUACAGCGAACCUGCAACAUCGCCUCACAACACCACAGGGGGGUAUUUGUGUGCAGCAGACCCGGCUUAAGUGAAUCACAAAUGGACAUUGCCAUUUUGAACACCUGAGCCCCGAAGUCGUCCAGAAGUUAUCGAACGGCGGUGGUGGCGUUCGGUUUCAUCUUAGAUAGCAUCUCAAAAUGCUACUACUACUUGCGGCUUGGCCGAGUACCGAGAAGAGUGGUAUGACUUCCACUACUAUCACACCGGGUGCAAAGGGUAGCCUGGAACACAAAGGCUUCAAUCAAUUUCAUCUCCCUCCGGUUUCCCUUGCGACGGGUGGUGGUGGUGGCACUCCCGAUGACCAGUUAUUAGCAGUUAUCGCUACGAGUAGGCGCACAUUAUCCCCGGAACGAGCAGGAAACAGCUGCGAACGUGCGCUAGAUUGUGCUAGAAGCACGGUACGGGCCAGGAUGUAAUAAACUUUACGCACCAGGUGUCCCACUGCCGGAACAGAUAAUCUUCUGACCAAGUUAUGAAUUGCUGAAAUUCGGAGCCAAAGAUAUGCGCUCAACCAUCGUUCACCGAUAAGCCAUUGGGCUGGUGCUGGUAGUGAUGGAGACAAAACAAAAAAGAAACCAUUAGAUAUCGGUCCGGGUGCCGAUGAAGGCUAUAAAACGGAACGACACCUCAUGCGGCCGUGAGAGUUCUAGUGUGCAGCGCAACCAAAACGGGAUAGAAAACCCGAAACGAAACCAACCCGCCAUAAUGAAGACGUUAAGAAACAUCGCCGUGCAAGUGGUAGCCAUUUUGGUUUGCCUAACUGUCGCAAGUGCUCUGCCGCAACGCAGCAACUCACCCACUCCACGGAUUGCCGGUGGAGAGGAGGCAGCUGAUGGGCAGUUUCCCUUUCAGGUGGCACUCAUCAACGAGGGUUUGGUAUACUGCGGCGGAACUGUGAUCAAUCGGCGCUGGAUACUGACGGCAGCCGCCUGUAUUACCGGCAAAGCACUCUCGGAUGUGCAGCUGUUCGUUGGUAGUGCCGAUCGGCUUGAAGGUGGCCGUAACGUGACCGCGGAACGAUUCGUGCUGCAUCCCGACUUUGACGCAGUAACGUACGCAAACGAUAUUGCGCUGGUGCGGGUGGCGGAGUCGCUCGGAUUUACCGGUGACCAACUACAGCCCAUCCGGCUCGAAACGGAGUUCUUCGAAACGGCUACCGAUGCGACCGUAUCCGGAUGGGGUCGAUUCGCGAUUUCAAACAAUCAACUCCCAACUCGUCUGCAGUUCAUCCGGACGGACAUCAUCGACAGUGAGGAUUGUGCGGACCAGUUCGAGGAGCCAUACCGUAGCCGAAUCUCUGACCGUCUCAUCUGCACCAGCAAUCAGCCCGAUCAGGGCGUCUGUCUGGGCGAUGCCGGCGGUCCACUCGUGCUGGACGGUAGCCUGAUCGGUGUACAGUCCUGGAGCAUUCCGUGCGGUACUGGACUGCCCGAUGUCUACGAGCGCGUAUCACACCACCGUGCCUGGAUUCUGGCCAUCACACUGUUGUAGUGUGGAUCUCCUUUCCUGGAGAACAACGUAGUUUAAGUGGUUAAGUUCUCUAUAUCUGUGUAGCUUGGUUCGUGUGUCAAAGUGCUCGUUAGGAAUUCGAAUCCAACCGAAAGCGGUACAUUCGUCAAUAAACUACGUAUAUACUGUGCUUUUGACAGAAAUAUCGCACUUGAUUCUACAAAAAGGGUAAAAGGAAAAAAAUGUUGAACAUAGUGCCAUACACACACAAACACCGGAGGCACAAUCUAGCGUUUUUAUUUCACUCCUGUGUCCACGAGACCUGCACCUUUGGUAUACUCAAUUUCGCGCCCGCGUAGUUACGGCUCCGUCGGAGAUAAUCAACUUAAGCGAUUCGAUUUCACCUCAUAAUCCCGGGAACAGUGAAGCGGAGGGCGGAGGUAGCAAACAACCUUCAGCGUCCAACAAUGACACAACAAACAUCGACAAAGUCCGCACAAUCCGCGGACGGUCUUUGCAUUACCCCGGGAAGGAUUCGCGUUUGGCAAAUAGAGAUUGAGAUGUACGUGUGCGCUGUUCAAGUGCCGCUACCCUACUUGUAUUCAAUUAUUCAACUUGAUUGCUUUCCCAAUCAAGACACCCCGAGGCAGUGCGGGGAGAAUUCGGGUUCAUUGUUGCCGAUUGAAGUGGACCGGGUGUCGGGUUAGGUCGGGAUGUUCUAAACAGUUCCCAGUUUGUUUCUGAUGCAGGACGGGGAGGGAGCCAAAUUUUGGAACGUUACCCGUACGACUUUGUUAAACCGAGAGAAUGAACUUUCAGACGUAUUCAGGCGAAGUUUGAAGCGCGGGAAAUCGAAUUUAAUCUUUGCAUUUUUGAAUCGUCAAACUUUGUUGGAAGUAUCGGGGAUCGUUGAGAGAUUUUAUGAGAGUGUAUAAGUCGCUAGGAAUGCCAGAAUAAGCUAUUAGACAAAAACCAGAAAAGGUUUAUACAAUGAAUUUAUGCUACAAAAGCUGUAAAUCAAACGAACUUAGAUCACUUCACAAUGAGACGAUUUUUCAUUUGCAAGUGUUGAUCAUAUCAGUGGUAAGAAAUAUAAAUGUUGCUUUAAUGUAAUUUUACAUACGCAAUCUUCCCCAUGCUAGUCGCACUCAAAAGCUUAUCAAACUCAACCAUCAACACAAAAACCGAUAGAAUAUGGAAUUCCGGGGCCCAUGUCAAAUCCUUCAAUGAACGAUGACUUGUCACAGCAACAGCAGCAGCAGCAAAAUGUACAUAAAUCAUGCUCGCGCGAAGGAAAACGCAAAAAGGCUGUCCCGAGCACGAAGAAUGUUUUAAUUUAAUAUGACAGAACAAAAAGGAAUACGCAAGUCGAAACACUCACUUCAACUCUCAGUGCAAAUUCUUCAUUUUUUUUGUUGUUGUUGUUUCAUUUUUCAGUCUGACCUCUGUUUCCACGGUACGACAUACUGGCAACCUCCUGGUUGCCGCCGUCGGGUCGUUUUGCCCUGCAAAAUAUUUGCAUAAUGUAUUGUUAUUAAAUUCCGUACGCGUGUUUUUUUCUGUUGUGUCUUCUCCAACCACGGCACACCUUCCGCAGUGGACGAGCACCGCCUGUCAGUGUUGCUGGAUUGCAUUUUAUGUUCUGCUUUUCAAGCACACGAAGGCACACGUUUCCUAUAAUAUCCUCUCUCACAUGGUUGAUGAUUCGUUUCGCCAGCAUAUGCAGGUAAGGAUCGAGCAAAAUUGCACCAUCACCAUCAUCAUUUUCCAUCCAUCAAAGUUAGGUGUGGGGAGUUUGGGGGUGGCCAAAGGUGAGCGACUGUAGAAAUGAAAAAUAUGACAAAGUAAAACACACACACAUAUCUACACCCACCCACACAAAAUUCCCUGACUCACAUGCCACAGGAGGACGCGGACACACCACAGUGUUUUUCCCUCAAAUAUGUGCUCAUCAAGCGAUCAGGCAGGCGUUAGGCAAGGAGCAGUAGUAGGCAGCCGGCCGACUGUUGUUCUGACUUUUCCAUCAUACAUAUAGCAGUUAAACCAAAACAAGAAAAAAAAGCUAAGGAAGAAAGCAAAUGAGCUUUUCCGCAAUCUCUCGUCUGGGUGGCUCAAAAAUAAAUUGAACCAUGAAGGAUACACCAUUCCAUGGGUGUAGGAUGGCAUCUAUAUAAACUUGUGCUUGUGCGUGGCUGUGUGUGUACACGUUCCAUCAACCUUAGACGGCAAAGAGAUUGAAAAUUCACCAACGCGUUCCUAGCGUCCGGAAGGAAGCAUCCCCGGACAUUGAACAAAACAGGCACGGAGGAUUUGUAUUUUUUUUUUUUUGCUUUGUGAAAAAUGUGGAACAUCAUUUUCGGUCAAAACAUCGGCCGCUUCAAUCCUCGCCUGUACUUCAAAUGAUCGAUGAUGAUGAUGAUGAUGGUAGAUGAUGAUAGCAAUGCCCAUAAUCUCGGUCGAUUCCCGGGUACCAACGGCAGUGGCUUAAUACCACGCCCUUUCCCUUAAACCUCCCGGCCCCCGCUCGAACGAGUCCCGAGGUUCCAGCGGGGUGGAGAAAAAAAAUUGAUGCAAUUUUUGGUCGUAUCGUAUCGAAAAUGGUCUUGAUUCUUUCGUUUCUUCCGGCAUCGCGGCUCAGUUUAGUCAUUAUCAUCACCGCCAUCGCUGGUCGUUAUCAGCACCAUCGUGGGCAGUUGUCUAUGUUGUGACUUCCAGUUUCUUGUCAGCAAACGAUGAACAGUUGCCGUUAGUUACCUUGCACGGGAAGGAAACAUUAUCCUGCAAUGCAAAAAGGCACACAACAACAAAACAGCAGAGCAGUUGUUGGAUUUGUGCUAAAAAUCAACAUCACCACAACAAACGGAACACGCAGGGAAAUACACCGACCCGGCACGAAUAAGACCAUUGGUGGUAUUAGAAUUUAUCGCUUCAUUGCAUCCCGCUGAGAGAGAACCGCUCGCUCUACUUUUCUCCAAUUCCCAAGUAAAAUAUUUCCUUCCAGCAAGAAUAACAACAACAGCGAAAAAAGAAAAAAACGCCAACAGAUCCCUCGAAAGAUGAAACCAAACGAACGGUGCUGGUGCGUCUGGUAAGGAUUCUAGUUUCACCAAGCACACCACUGGCCCGAAACCCUCGGGAUGUUCACACAGCGCGCUGCACGUAAUUGAACUUCCGGAUCCCUUUUUCGCGGGGUCGUUUCCUGGAACCGGAGGAAGAAUCCAUGAUUUGCCCUCCGGCCACACCGGUGUCGUUCUCGAUCAAAUGUCAAACGCUCCGUUGUUGCUGUGGCGGGGUUUUCGAAAGAUUUUCCAUUAAACAACACUAACACUAAAAGACCGCGAACCUAAUUGAUAUGGUAAUGAGAGGUACGAGGCGAUGUAUUGAUUUUCUUUGCCGUCCGUCCGGGGUUUUCCCAGCUGCUCCGUGCGAAUACACUACUACCACAUCCUUGGGGUAAGGCUUUUUAGUCGGUUGUGACGAAGUUUUUCAACAUGGAGGAAGAAAGUUAAAUAAAAUUAAAAUCAGCGCACGCUUGACCUGGCGCCAUUGCUUAUGAUUUUACACUAACGUCAUCUAAAUCAAUUAGGCGGUGUUUUUAGGGCUCGUAAAAUUGGGUUCGGAAAAUUAAGACAGUGGUGUAGUAAUACAGAAGGUAAAAUACACCAAUAGCUGCGAAUAGCUAGUACCUAUCCUAUUGAUUAAUGAUGUAAAAAUGAAGUAACGAAUUUAAAUAAAAAUUCCUCAAAAAAUGAAAGGGUGUUAAAGGACCAACACUCACGCAAGCACUACUCCAAAUCUGUCCUUGAAGGAGAUCUGUGCUUCACUGGAGGCAUCACUCUGUCCUCACUGGAGGUAGAAAAUGGUAAAAAAUAUGAACUUUUUAAUUGAAGCAAAAUUCCAAUUCGUGUCACCGUAUUCUGCAGAAAGAACGCAAACGAUGUGUAGGACUAUGGCGUAAAUAUGUAAGAUCUAAGAUAUGGUUGAAAAAUUUAAAUUUAAAACUAUCUAUGUAGUACGAUUAUUUAAAAAUAUUUAAAAGAGAUUCUGAUUGGUCCUGAGAAGCGGUCUAAUACGGCGGCUCGUUGUUGUAUGUGGUAGUGGUACAAGUCUCUACGCGGCAGGAUCGGCUUUAAACCCCUAUCCGGACCGUAGAUUCGCACGCAGGACUAUGACUAUCUCGCUGCGAGUAUUUAAAAGUCGAGGAAAGCCGUACAUGACAGGGCCAACACCUCUUCAGCCGGUUUUAUAAUUUUCGAGCAAAUACGGUGACACUAAUUUAUAAAUGUAUUUCACAAUGCCAACAUUUGCUUUAAUAAACCACAGCGAACAAAAAACAAAAUAUACCGAUUAUUCCAUCAAUAUCCCACACAAUAUACCCUAUAGUGUGAACAACAUUGUAUCUUUCAAAAUAAAAUUUAAUUAACAACCCACCAAAACGGGAGAAGAAAGUGGAACAAAACUGUUGCCACAUUGUUUGAAUAAAAUAUUCUAAAGCAAAUGAAAGAAAGAAAGAAAAAAACCCCAUACAAACUGCGAACACCAUCAACAUAAAUGUAAACUUGUACACAACAGUCACCGCCGCUCCACGGUUCAUAAAGCUUGUCCAGAAAAUGGGAAGAAUUGUGAAAUAAUUCAAACCGCCUCCCCCACAAAACAGGUGAAACAGGAAAGGCAAAACAGUGCGCAGAACAGAAAACUUAAACAUUACUAUGCAACUACACCUAAACUUAUUCAUAUUAUUCAUUCACCAAACCGGUCGGUAAACUAAUGCUCGGUCACACCGAAUGGCGAGAACAAAAGUAAGGUGCUUUUGUGAGCAAAACAAGCAAAAGGGAAAGUCGGCUCGGGAACACAAGGGCAAUACAGAAACUGAAAAACAAAAAAAAAAAACAAAACAUGGAAGAAAAUUCCACUACCGGUGAACUAUUUUUCCACCAGUUUCAAACGAUUUUUCAAACGAUUUUCCCAAGCAAAUGGAGAAUGCAUUGCAACAUUAUUAUACUCCUGGUCCGGUGUUUGCGUGUGCCGAUAAGUGGUUGUUCCUUCGCUUUCUUGUGGCCGACACAGAAAAAAAGAAAACCUUUAUUAUGAUGCAACGAAACUUUCCUUCACGCGGUUAUGACCACCAGCGGCGAUUGUUAUUAUUCCACACGUAGUUUGCUAGUGAAGCUGUAGGGGUGGGUUAUUCUCUAGCAAAAGCUUGAAGGAAGAAAAAAAAACGAGUAAUGCAAACCGGGACCAAACUUUCUUCCCGCGCACCGCGGCGCAGAGGGGCAGAGCGCAUAUCGGUUUCAUUUUAAUAAUUUCCAAAUUUAUUUACCACUCCCGCGGCGGUCGCGACGAUCACAAAAAUCACCACCGGCGACGUUUUGGUGACGGCCUGAAAACGGCCAACCUUACUGGGGCGCGGUGACCGGUGCGUGCCCUUUGUGGUUCUUCCGCAUCUGGCAAAAACGGGGGUCUUCUGCCCGAUUAGGCGCCACCCUUUUUCUUUGUUUCCUUCUGCCGUUCACCCGCACCCGCAGGAUAGGUAUAGGAGGUGGUUUAAGACAACCGGCAAAGUUUGGAAGUUUAAAUUAACAAUUUCCAAUGACUCCUCCGUUUUGUGAAGCAACCUUCAAAUCGAGGGUAUUGAGGGUGCGGCUGGACGGGAAAGAUAAAAUAUUAUGAUGACCCCCGCCAGGUUCCCAGCAUCGCAUCCCAGGGUCUGUGGGAUGCUUGCCUCCAUUUUCACUCCACACCCUGCGACCCAAAACCCUAAACACACUAGCCCACACAAAAGGCAACGGGGCCGCACGUUGUUGUGAUUUCUUUGGAAAUUAAAUUAACAGAAUAAUUGCUGCACCUUUUGUCGUCGGAACGUCGGUGGCAUCGUGUUUGCACCGUCAGGCUGUGGUUGUGCGCGGUUGGCGGAUGGCCAAGUUUAUCAUUUGUUUUCCAUGGUCCCCAAAAGAAAAUGGCCUUACCGGCAUUUGAGCGUUUGUAUUUGGAGAGAGUCUGAGUCGAAGCGUGAAGGGCGAGGAGAGCGAAAUCAGCAAAAUGCUACUAAUAAACUUCAUUUUCCUUCCGGCGUGCUACACCACACACACACACUAGGCAACGAACCUUCGAAAAGCAAGAGCCCACGGGUGCACUUGCGCUCAACUUUUGCGCCAGCGCCAUCAUUCGAUGGUGUGCCGGCUGCUGCUGCUGCUGCUGGUGGGUGCCCGUACAACUUUGGGCUGAAAAUAGUUUUCCCGGCCCGAAAACUUCCACGAAAUGACAAUUUCAGGCUAAAGUUGUGUCCUCCUUGUGGGAUUUUGGUUUGCUGCAGGAAUAGCGAAUUGCGUACGGGAAAAGCUUAACAGCAUACUCCUGGCUGCUGCACACUAAUAAACGACUCGUCGGUUCAUUGUCUAAGUGAAGGCAGAAUAAUGGAAAUAACAUCCCGAAACCUUCGUUUGCAAUUCGUGGAGACAACAACACGCGCAGGGCGACCUCAUCUUUGCAGGGGUGAAAAAUUGUUAAAGAACAUUGUCGCAGCAUCAAGCAGGGCAGCAAACUUUUCCCAUCACCCACAGCACGAGCCACGAACGAUGAAGCUAUUAGGUGUACAUGUAAAUUUAAUUGAAAUUAUAAACAUAAUUUAUUUACACUGGUGUUUAUGGAUGUGAGAAAACUUUUUUCUAACUAUCUUUCCCAUUAUAAUUGAGAUGUAAACAAAUUCAAAUGUUGGCUGCUUUUAAAUUGUGCUCUUUACAGAAGUUGUUGUUGUUGAAAAAUGUUUAUUUUGAACCAUAAUAGUUGUUCUUGUACGAGCCAUGGACGCUUAUUUAUUUUAUCAUUUCUCUAAUUUCUUUCUUUUUUAUUUCGCAAUUAAUUUAAGCUACACAACAGAUGGACACAAUGUCUAAGUACAACAAUGCAGACAUUUUUGUAUUUUUUAUUAUUAUUUAAAAAACCAUUACUUUAAAAUUGCCAUUAAACAUUUUGAUGCACCUAAAUUAGACGUAUGUUGUGCGAUUUUUCUUGCAUACAUUCACUCUUCAGAAGGUUUUUUUUGCUUUCUGUGCCAAUUUUUCCAUAUCCUUUACUCAAUUUAAAUUUUCUUCUUUUGUUUUUCACACAGAAAAGAAUAAAAAAAGAAGAGCUGCAUGUCAGUUGCGGUCAUAAAUGCAACCGAAUCUAAGUUUUUUCAGAUUCGUCUUAAGUUCUUUUUUUUGUGUUUUCAUUUUUGAAUUCUUCAAAAUGACAUUUUAAGCGGAUUCCACUCUCACGUUUCUCUUUCGUGAUGCACAGUUCAACUCACAGCGUAUAACACUUUGCCUCUCGCUUUGCUAACCCACUAAAACGGCAAAGGAAAUAACAUUAAUUAAGAGGCAAAGAUGAAUACUUGGCACGCGGGGGUGCAAAAGGUGACAAACCCAAGCCCGGUUGGUUUGUGAGGCGAACGUGUGUAAGAUUAGAAAAUUUCCGCAAAGAUCUAGGAUAUUCCAUUUCCCUUCCCGCCAUCGGAAAAUGUGGCCGCGAAAUGGGUGGAAAUCCGGCGCUUGGGUGGAAUCGCGUACAAGUUUCCCGCGUGAACAGGAUAUAUGCUGACUGUCACUGUCACAUGUCACACGCGUCCCCAUCUUCCAAUGGGGGAUGCUGUGGUUGGAGAUGUGAUUAAGUGAAAACUUUUCACAACCGACACCGCGCCACAUCCGUUUUGCACACGCCCGGUUUGCCUUUGGUUGGGACAGUGUUUGCUAAGUGUGGGAUUGUAUGGGUACGGGUGUAAGGAAGUGCUACUUCUGAAAGGGCUCUUCAUUUACGGUUGCCGAUUCUAUUAGAUUCCCAUAGCACUCUCGAAAGAUGAAUCAAAUUAUCCAUUCAGCAUCCAGGGGAGCACACACACCAGCGCAAUAUGAUACGGAUCGUGAAGAUGUGCCCUGCGAAGAACUAAGGCGCAAAUGGAGGUGGAAGCAAAAUCCGAUUGCACAACAGCGCUCAUAUGUGUGCUGAUUAUGCGCAGACGGUAGAAAAAUUGACACUGCUGCUGUGCUGUAAUUAAAUUGCACUACGAGUGACACUUGCUCCGCGGCGCAUUAUCUGCAACAUCUGCACUACACUAUUGAGGCAAGCGUGUAUGCAACGUUGGGAAGGAUUGAACGAAGAAAGUAGUAGUAGGAGUAGACCAAGAAUAGUUUUUAAUUGCUCUUAUAAAGAAUUUAUUAUUUAAUUAUUGCUUGGCAAAAUGUGUUUAUUUUAGUAUUUUUGUACACCCAAAAAUGAAAACCAAAAGAAGAAAAAAAGCUUUCUGCGCCUGAUAAACACAACAUCAAAAUCACUCAAAUUAUUGCAACGAAAGUAUCCUUCAACCCACGGUUGUGGACAAACAUCGCAUGCAUGCAUUUAUCAAUCUAACGCUGAACCAUUUUAAUGAGUUAAACUGACAUGCCCAUCUGCAGUAACAAGUUGAAGUGCUUCAUUUAUGCCAGCUUCAACAUUUUGCUUGACUGAUGACACCGUCCUGAAUGGCGUCAUGCAGGGAGACAACGUUUCUUUUUCCUUCUUUUUUCCCCGGACUGUUGCGCCGCGAGUGUGUAAGCAGCACUUAGAAUAUUUAAUCCUUUUGCUCGUUUGUGGCACACCACCAGCAAAGGACCGGUGACAAAGUACGGAGGACGAGUAAUUGUACACGACGAUUCCAUGGAAGUGAGUGAGUGGCAACCUAUUUUUUUUUUUGUUGAAGCUUUUCCCACACUUAACCGUCAAAUCUCAUCUUUGGAUGCUGUAGCGAAUUGUUUCAGCAACAUCACAAUCAGUGUGAGAUUCCUGUUUUGUAAUGAGAGAAGCUGAUGCAGCAUAAACACUUGGAACGGUAAACCAUCGUUCAGAAGAUGAAAUAUUUGUUAUUUUUGAUACUUAUAUUUAGAGUUUACACCUGACACAAAAGGAAAGCAUUAAUAAGGUGGAAAAAAUGCAAAGUGAAAAAAAUGCGAAUGUAAUACACAUUAUACCGACAUGAGUGCCGAGUUACAGGCUUCACACCUUGGUGUUUUCAUGGUGCAAAUACACAAAACAAAAAUUUGCCAUCAUCAACUUUUUUUUUGGAUCCAUUUCGCUUAGCGCACGGGGACCGCCUACAAACGUGGCAUAGUACGCGGCCCUUAGGGAUACGCUGUUGACACUCUUACAUAACGGUUGAGAUAUCAUUUCCUGAGGUUCUCGUUUGCCGGCACGGUUCAUAUUCUCGUGAUAAUGUGGUGCAAAGUGGACUCCCACAAUUAAGUCAUCCGGCAGAGUGUCAAAAGGCUGUGCUUCACAGCCUACAGAAAGAGCUUCUUCAGUAGGUAAGGGCUUUAUUUCUAUGCUCGUCCAUUCCGACGACUCUCUUUCUAUUGCUCUCUUCCUCACACACACACACACACACACGUUCCCUUUUUGUAGCUCCUGACGGCGUAGGGAUAGAGACCCGGAACAGUGGGAAAUUUGCUUUUGCUUCUAAAAGCGAAAGGAGAUUCCGAGUGGCUUUGAGCGUGUAAAAACGAGCCUUCGGGGAACGGUUUCUUAUGGGCAAAUUAUGAAUGGCCAGGAAGAACAAAAAAAAAACACCAUCCCCAGAAUGAAUUUGUGAAGCGAGAAAAGUAUGCGCACGUAACAAGAACAUAAACGUAAAAGAAGGAUAGGCCAUUCAGAACUUCCAGAACACUGCACACCCGCCCGACGAGCUUAUCCAGAUCUUAAUAUGGCGUGGUUUUUGUGCACCAGUCGGUACACUUGUUUAGCCGUUGCCUUCAAGCUUUUCGAGUCAAAGUUCGUUAUAGAUUAAUGCGGCAAAACUAUCCAACGGCUACGUAACAUGUACGUCUCCACAAUGCCUGCGCCACCGGAUGGAUAUCCGUAUGUUUUUCAUGAGAAAGAAAACGGUCAAGCAGAGAGAGGAAAAAGCUAGAAAUGUAAAGACAUUGAGAAGUGCUGCUGCACUGGAGGUCAGUAAUUUACUCCAUUGAACAGCGGAACUUCACAACACGGGUGGGUUAUUAAAUUACAUCUUGUUUGCUCGAAACCUUGCACUUUCAUUAAACCAGACUCGAUUUAAUUACUUCCAUCAUUGAUGGAGGCAUAAACAACAGCAAAAAAAACAUUAAAUAGUUAUUAAUGCAUCAUAAUCCGACUGUGAGGCACUGCUCCAAACACGUGAAUUAAUUUUAAUUAAAAAUACUAGCGCAUGAGCUGGAAAGCAGAAAUGAUAUGAUAAGAAUUUAUCCACAGUUCCAAGUGGAAUGGAAAAUGAACUAACCGGACCAUACCUUAUCGGUUGCGGUAGAAAGUCUAAAGAUUAAAUCUCAUCACCACACGAACCCGUGCAUCGGCCGUGGACAGAAGAGCACAUAACUCGUUAUCGAAAAAUUAUAGACGCAAAUGGUCAUAAAAAUAAAAAAGAGCAGAGAUUUGUUUUUUAAAUAUAUUUUAAGUUCACUCUAAGUCGCCACCAUCUCACGAGCUGACCAUUCCUUUCCGAAACUCCAUUACUUAAAGCAUAACAAACAUUCGCCUUUUACGGAAUGCAAGAAAGAUCGUAACACUAGCGGACGCACGUGUGUGUUUCUGUGUAUAUGAUUGUACGAGAGUAUUUUGUAAGAUAAAAUAGACUCCCGGACUUCUGCUAAGUAGUCUGCAUCGUUCCCAUGUCUAUGGCGGUUUCUCGAAGCGAGCGAAUAAAAUUAUGAUAAGCUCCAGCGGUGGACCGAAUUUGCAUGAAAAUGGCACUCGCAAACCAGCAUUAUUCCCGUGGCGCGAGUAAAACCUUCCAUCCCUAGGCUGUCAAAAAAGGGGUGCCCCUGCCUACGUGUGCAACGACGACGAUGAUGAUGAUGGUGGUGGUAGUGAUGGUGAUUCUUUCACUUAAGCUAUCCUUUUUUUUUAUUUGAAAGCCCUGCUCACCGAAGCAAUGCCUCACGCCGAGGUCUGAGCGCUGAGGGAUUCUCACUUCAUCUUCAUGUUCCGGGGGUGGGGGUUGAUUCUGUAGAAGGCAUCCGAAGAAGGUGCGGAAGAAUAGGCGUGCUACGGGACAACCCGGGACAACGAGUGAAACAACCUUCGGAGCCUGUUUAUGAGCCGCUGUCCCGUUGUUCAACAGCGUUUAGUACCUGCUUCCACUCCCGCUGUGCGGGUUUCCGUCCAGACGCUGGUUGCUCUCACCCCGUCACAGCCAGUUCUGCGGGACGUUCCACAAAUCUUCAUCCCACCCCCGGUUCCGUCCGUCCUUCCCCGAUAUGCCGCGCAUUCGAGCUUUUGGUUCGUGCUGCUCGUGUGCAGGUUUUGUGUUUUCUUUUUCUCUGCUUCUCUCGUGCUGGAACCAGCAUCACCGAAACAUCAUCAUCGCCUUGGAAGCCGGGCGUGGAGGAUGCCGGAACAACCAAA